UCUCAUUUGAUUUAUUUUGCUUAUUUACUAAUCUGGGUAAAAGAGGAACUUCUCCAGGGCUGUCUGUGUAAAAAUGGUCAGCUUCAGUUUGCAGCACACGGACGAACCUCAGCACAGCUAGAAUUAAAUCACUCAGUGUGCCAGCUUGAGGAGCUUUCACCUGUCAGUCCAAAAGCGGCAUUUUCCCUCCUGAAGACUGUGCUUCUCCUCAUUCUGACAGAGAGCGUCGCUGUCGGCCUCAUGUCCUCAGUUGUCGCCCCAGAAAAACCCUCCAUGGGUCCCAAGGAGUUGGAGCUGAUCCUUGUAAAGGAACAGAACGGGGUCCAGUUCACCUCAACCACUUUAGUGGCGCCGACUCCGACUCAAAUCAAUCCCAGCGAGGAGGAGAGGGAGACCUGGGGAAAGAAAAUCGACUUCCUCCUGUCAGUCAUCGGAUUUGCUGUGGACCUUGCUAAUGUCUGGAGAUUCCCUUACCUCUGCUACAAGAAUGGAGGAGGUGCUUUCCUGGUGCCAUACAUGUUCUUCAUGGUGAUAGCAGGGAUGCCGCUCUUCUACAUGGAGCUGGCUCUGGGACAGUAUAAUAGAGAGGGCGCAGCAGGCGUGUGGAAGAUCUGCCCUAUAUUUAAAGGUGUCGGCUUUACGGUGAUCCUCAUUUCCCUCUACGUCGGUUUCUUCUACAACGUCAUUAUCUCCUGGGCACUGUUUUACCUUUUCUCCUCCUUCACCAACGAGCUGCCAUGGGUCCACUGCAACAACACGUGGAACAGUCCUAACUGCUCCGACUGGGCCGACAACACCUCAGUCGGGGACAUCUACAAGGCCACACCUGCACAGGAGUACUUUGAACGAGCAGUUCUCCACAUCCAGGACAGUAAUGGUAUUGAUGACCUGGGUCGCCCACGGUGGCAGUUGACUUCCUGUCUGGGUGUGGUGAUUGUUCUACUCUACUUCAGUCUCUGGAAGGGAGUUAAGACCUCUGGCAAGGUUGUGUGGAUCACAGCCACCAUGCCCUAUGUGGUCUUGACUGUGCUGUUGAUCCGAGGAGUCACACUGCCUGGAGCCAUUGAUGGCAUUAAGGCUUACCUCUCUGUGGAUUUCCUGAGACUGUGCGAAGCCCAGGUCUGGAUUGAGGCAGCGACACAGAUCUGUUUCUCUCUGGGAGUGGGGUUUGGUGUGCUAAUUGCCUUUUCCAGCUACAACAAAUUCAGCAACAACUGUUACAGAGACGCCAUCAUCACCACCUCCAUCAACUCCCUAACCAGUUUCUUCUCCGGCUUUGUGGUGUUCUCUUUCCUCGGUUACAUGUCCCAAAAACACAACGUGGCCUUGGACAAAGUUGCCAGAGAUGGUGCGGGGUUAGUAUUUGUCAUUUACCCAGAAGCCAUAGCAACAUUACCUGGGUCCUCAGUAUGGGCAGUUAUCUUCUUCAUUAUGCUGUUGACGCUGGGCAUUGACAGUGCUAUGGGCGGAAUGGAGUCGGUUAUUACGGGGCUGAUUGAUGAAUUCAAGUGCCUCCACAAGCACAGAGAGCUGUUCACCUUUUUUACUGUGGUUGCCACCUUUCUCAUGUCCCUCUUCUGUGUCACAAAUGGAGGGAUGUAUGUGUUUACUCUGCUUGACCACUUUGCAGCAGGGACAUCAAUUCUCUUUGGAGUGCUUAUUGAAGCCAUCGGCAUCGCAUGGUUCUAUGGAGUGGAUCGUUUCAGUGAUGACAUCGAGGAGAUGAUUGGCCACCGCCCAGGCUGGUACUGGAGGCUCUGCUGGAAGUUUGUCAGCCCCUGCUUCCUCCUGUAUAUGGUGGUGGUGAGCUUUGUCAGGUUCAACCCCCCAAAGUACGGCACCUACACGUUUCCUCCGUGGGCUAACACACUGGGCUGGUGUCUGGCCAUGUCCUCCAUGGCCAUGGUGCCUCUGUAUGCCAUCUACAAACUCUGCAGGCUGCCUGGGAAGUUUUGCAAUAGACUGGCUUAUGCCAUCACCCCAGAGACAGAGCACCAUUUGGUAGACAACGGGGAGGUUCGGCAGUUCACUCUGCAUCACUGGUUGGUGGUCUGAGUGCUUGAGACAGAAACACGGGUUGGGGGUGG